ACAAAGACAAGCCCGUGGACUCUGAUGAGGACUCAGUGGGGGUCAAUGCCGGAGGCCCCGCCAGUGCAGGAGGAGCCCCUGCGUCCGGUGCGUUGCGGCCCAACUCCCAGUCAGCCUUCCUGGGCCCGCUGCUGUGGGAGAGGACCCUGCCGUGUGAUGGAGGCCUGUUCCAGCUGCAGUACAUGGACCUGGAGGAGUUCUUGACUGAGAACGGGAUGGGGAUGCACAGCAAUGGGCCCAGCUCCACCAGCGCCCAGAUCCCUUCCCAGAGCUCCCAGUCGGCGGUGCCCAACCAGAGCUCCCAGUGCCCUCCCACCUCUCCUCCGCCCUGCUCCUCCUCUUCCUCUUCCAUGUCCUCCUCAUCCUCCUCUUCCUCGCUGCUGGGACUGGAGACCGUCCAGCCGCAGCCACCGCCGCCGCCGCCACUGCCACCUCAGCAGCAGCCGCCAGGCAUGAUGGGAGGACCUGAGUGUCUACAUGGUGGUCAGGCGGUGCCUCAGGACCCGUCACCCACUUCUACCUGCCCUCCGGUACCCCCCGGACCUCCGGCGGGCGCCAACGGCAGCAGCGACAUCAUGGUGAACUUUGACCCCGACCCGGCAGACCUGGCGCUGUCCAGUGUGCCGGGCCAGGAGGCGUUUGACCCGCGGCGGCACCGCUUCUCUGACGAGGAGCUGAAACCCCAGCCGAUGAUCAAGAAGGCCCGCAAGAUGCUGGUCCCAAAUGAGCAGAAGGACGAGAAGUACUGGAGCCGACGUGUCAAGAACAACGAGGCGGCGAAGCGCUCGCGGGACGCCCGGCGGCUGAAGGAGAACCAGAUCUCUGUGCGCGCCGCCUUCCUGGAGCGGGAGAACGCCGCCCUUCGCCAGGAGGUGGCAGACAUGAGGAAAGAGCUGGGCCGCUGCAGGAACAUCAUCAACAAGUACGAGAGUCGACACGGAGACUUGUGAGGAGGAGGAAGAAGAACAAGAGGAAGAUGAAGGAGGAAGGGGCGGGAGGGGAGGAGGAAAUUAGAAAAGGGUACAAGGCAACCCAACAACAGCAGCACUUUAGUUGAAGUGGCGAAGGGGGAGGAGGCCGGCGUAGAUCUGCAGUAAGCGCUGUGCGACACCGGGCGCAAACACGAAAAAGUGUGUUUUAGUGUGAGCGCUGUGCUUCAGGAUGGCACGACAGGAAAGCACAGCGACACCGUUUUUUCCAGUUUGACUCUCUUUGUACAUGCUGCUCCGUUGAACCCACACAACGUACUGUAUCACACCUUGUGUCACCUCGGCAGCUUACGUCACCCUCGGUGCUGUGCUUACGGUCGGUGUCGCACGGCGUUUUUGCAGGUAGUGCGUCCCGGCCGCUGCUCCGGGCCAGUUCAAACAGGGUGUUGAAUUCACAUUAUGCCAGUGAAAUCUCACUUUUUAAGCUCAAGGCACGGAUACAAGCCAGGAGAGGUCAGAUGUGUAAUUUUUUUCUAUAAAUAGGACAAAAAAAACAUGUAUAUUUUUGAACUGGGCAGGAAGGCAAGACUAGUCCAGCAAAGAGGAGGAAGAGGAAGAGGAAGAGGUGCAGGGUUUUCGUCCAUAACGCAAAGAGAUUUUGACAUAGGAUUAUUGUAUAUUUUUCUAUUAGCAGAGAUAGUCAGGAGGAAGAUUUUGGAGAUAAUCUUUUGUAUAUUUUAUAUAUGGGGCGGGGAGGGGCUGUUAGCUGGACAGUCACGGGGCCACACAAAACGCUUUUCCUCCCAGCUGUUUCUUGCUAAACAACAAAUAAUCUAUUUUCGAUUUCACGGAGCUGGUUAGUCGGAGGCCGAGGCGCAACAGAGAAUGUAUCACGGUUGAAUCAGGUAUUUUACAAGGUGUGAGGCGAGGCCAGGUAUCUUAGUAACGAUUGUUUUUCGGCAUCUUUGGGCGGGGUAGGGGGGCGGGGCGUUAGCAGGAAGACGGUGAAACAAAAAUUGUAUAGAUUUAAGAAAUUUUUGUGUUCGUUUGUUUUUUUUUGUGGGCUCGUUGAAGAACUUGAUUUGUUAUCUUCUAUUUGAUUCCGUGUCUGAUUCUUUUUUUUUUUAAACAAUCGCAGGGCUUUUAUUUUCGAAGGUGAAGGGGAGAAAAAGAGAGAGAGGAAAGCAAGGAAGUAAUUAGCCAUCAGAACAGCUGGAUGUGAGCAGAUGUUUUUUAAGGAAUAUAAGGUGGAGGAUUUCGCUGGCAGGUUUUUUGCAUUUAGUUUAGGUGUCUUGCUCACACGCACACUUGGACACACAAUUUGUUAACAAUAAUACGACACGGUUGCGGUCUUUCUCUCUCUAUUUACUCCUCGAAUUUGUCCAGGAAGUGCAAAAAUGAAAUACUAACUGGUUUAGGGUUGAUUUGCCCAGAUUGAACAGUGACUGAAACCUUCAGCAUGCAGACACACAGAAAACACACACACAGUCCUCACCCAGGUUUGAACCCUUAUUGUUGUUGUUGAUGUUGUUAUGGACUUCUAUGGUGCUGAUCUGAUCUGAUCCUUCACCUGACGCACACACAAACACACACAAAAACCCCAACCACACACACACGUGCAGACAUACAUACAUCUCAAACACAGUACUGAACUGCCUAUACCUUUUCUUUGUCUUUUAUUCCUUCUUUUUAGUUUAUUUUUCCUUUUUUUGUUGCAUAUUGUAUCGAUAAAUCGUAUAUAGAUUUACACACAACACUUGUCUAUACCUCUCCUUCAAACUUUACCCAAUGAGAAACGAGAAAUGCACCCUACUGCUACUGUACCAUACAACUGUACUAUUGAAUAUUAAACUAUUCUCUCACUAGAUAUAUAUAUAUGUAUAUGAUAUAUGCUUGAAUUAUGUGAUUAUAGUUGUAAUAUACAUAAUUGAAUAUAUUACAGAGAAACCCAUCUGAAUCAUUUUGUCAGUUUUUUCUCAGGUGUUUUUGUCUGAGGUAUUAAAUACACGUAUUAAAAAAAAAAACACGCAAAAAAGUCUUUGAUUGGAUCACAGAAUCUGUGGUUUGUUUUGUUUGGUUUUUUGGGGGAGGGACGGGGGGGGGGUAAUAUUUUAUUUUUCUUGUUGCAUUUCAGAGCUGUUUGGAUUUAUUGUUAGGAUUCUGUUAAACCCCAGUUUAUUACUAACUCACUACGGGGCAGAAAACGCUCUCCUCAGACCAAGUGACCGUUCACUAAGCCCCGCCCCCUUCAGUUACUGUUGCUACGGCCGUCAAGCUUUCCAUUUUAGUGGCGUUUUACCUCUCGAAAAUCUGAAUUAUUUCCUUUAAUGUCAGACAUGCAGCUUGUUCGAUCUAGUCCACGAUCUUCAGUUUUACCGGCUAAAAUGAGAACAACUCCAUCGCUGUGUCUGAAAUCCCUCCGUUGUUCACUCAUUCACAAAUCUCUACAUAAUAAAAACUCCAUUAUUUACUCAAUGGUGAGCAAGAAAUGGAGAUUUUGGAUGAAUCGCUGUCAUUUUGUCAUCACUGACAGCUGUCUUUAAAAACGUAUUGACGCAAUACAGAAAGCAACUUUUUUGUUUCAUCGUGCAAAUUUAUAUUAAACAAUAAAGAAAAAAUGUCAUUCACAUUCAGAAUUUGGACACCAAUCGGUAACAGGACUGAUUUUGGACACAGCGACAGAUUAACCACUCAAAAUGUUUAGUAUUCUUUGAAACAAGAGGACCUUGAUUUUAAACAUAAGUGGACAAGCAGCCUCUCAUUAGAUUUGCUCAUUAGAUUUUAUUAGCUACAGCUAGCUUGCUAACUAACAUUUACUCAGUCGUAAACGGUAAAAACACAGCUGGAGACCGACUCGUAUGCAAAUGAGAAACGUUUAAAAGGGUCUUAAACAUGCAUUUGAUGGCUACAUGCAUUGUAUCAUGCUAAUGUGCUGUAAUGCUGUGUAAUGAUGCAGAAAAGAUGGAGGCAAAUGUCACUGGAAGAUUUCAUCAGUUGUGGCCAACUAGCUAAUUAAGCUAAUGUUAUUCUUUCUCCGGCUGACUUUUAUGUUUCCAGGUCAUUGAGACCUCUGUAAAAGGGAUCAUAAAUAUGCACCACAUACAGGAUGUAAUGCUGAAACACUGAGGCUAAAGAAACACGUCCCUGCUCGACCAUAGGAAGACGCGGAGCAGUGUUGCUCUUGUUUUGCAGCAGUUGGCUUUAUUGUAUUUCCUUUAAAAAGUCAAAAUUGGAUUACUUCUUUAUAUAGUUAACCAUGCUUGCUAAUGUUACAGUUAAAGUUACGGUCGCUGAGCUAUGAUUGGACAGUUGCUGUUUGGGGGAGGGGUUUAGUGAACGGUUUAUUUAGAGAUGGCAACUAAACCUCAUUUAAAAGUUUAAAAGUUUUUGUUGCCUGCUUCACAGCUGUAGUCGCUAGUAUUAUAAUUGCUAUUGUUAUACAUUUCUUUUCAGUUUCAUGGAACAGCUUGUUUUCUUCAAAGUAAGCUGUGAUUUGAUUCUUGCAUAAAUCCCCUUUGAUUCCCCAGAACAACUUUUCACUUGAUUUCCCAUGAGCCUGUUUGCUGUUGGCACCAUCCGCAGACUUAAGUGAACCCCAGGUGUAUUAUGGGAGCUGUAGUUGUAUCCUUGAUAUAUUUACACACUAUAUAUUUUCCUUUUUCUUGUUUGAUUUGUUUUUUUUUGGGGGGGGGGAUCUGUUUAAACCUGAUACACAGACAAAAACUUUUGAAUUUAAAUCCCUGGAAGAAAAGUCUCAGAGCUUCUUACGUUUCCAUCUGUUGGUGGAAGAAGAAAGCCAUGUGUUUUUUUCUUUUUUGAUAUCUGGGAUUUUUGAUUCACAGACGUUUCAGAAACUUUUUGACAGUGCUAUUUUUCUAUGUAACUGUGUUGUUGAGCGUGUUGCAACCUUUUCUGGCGGCCGUUUGAGGCCCACUCUUCACAUGGUGGCGGUGACAAUUUACUGCUGUACGAUAAAACAGCAUUGCGGGUAAUAAUGACAAGAAUAAUAAUGUACACAGCCAUGUUAUUUCUCCUUCAAUUUUGUGGAUUCUCAGAUAACUUUCUCCAUGUUGUGACUGACUGUUAUGAACUACAAGUCCCAUGAGCGCAACACUACCCCGACUCCUCACCAGUAUUGUGUGCUGUCCACAGGGAUGAUGGCAUAUGUGUUCUGGCUUCUUUUCCCUCCAAACACCAAUAAAGGCUUAUCCUUAUUCACUGA